AUUUAUCCAAGUUACGCACUCUAUUUCCACAUAGGAGAGACGGAGAAAAAAUGCUUCAUUGAAGAAAUUCCAGACGAGACCAUGGUUAUUGGAAAGUACAGGACCCAGCUGUGGGACAAACAGACCAGUUCCUUCCUCCCAGCCACCCCCGGCCUUGGGAUGCAUGUCGAGAUCAAAGACCCAGACACAAAGAUUAUCCUGUCUCGUCAGUAUGGGUCAGACGGACGGUUCACCUUCACCUCCCACACUCCCGGGGAACAUCAGAUCUGUCUGCACUCCAACUCCACCAAGAUGGCUCUGUUUGCAGGAGGAAAACUGAGGGUGCAUCUGGAUAUUCAGGUCGGAGAACAUACCAACAACUACCCUGAAAUUGCAGCAAAGGACAAACUCACCGAGCUGCAGCUGCGAGUCCGACAGCUACUCGACCAAGUUGAACAGAUCCAGAAGGAGCAAAACUACCAGAGGUAUCGUGAGGAGCGGUUUCGCAUGACGAGCGAGAGCACCAACCAGCGUGUUCUCUGGUGGUCCAUCGCUCAGACACUCAUCCUCAUCGUCACCGGCAUCUGGCAGAUGAAGCAUCUGAAAAGCUUCUUCGAGGCGAAGAAACUGGUGUAAAGUCUUGUCUGAGCAUCGGCAACAACAAACACGAGUAUACAGACUUGGAGAGACGCCUGUCAACAGCGCAGAGACAUCCAGGAGAAGAAACGUGGUCUUAAUAUCAGCCAGAAGUGGUACGAGCAAAUUCACAGAGGCGGCUGUUUUACAAUGUGUUUUACCUUGUAAAUGUUUUAGGAAAUUGUUAUUUUCCAUUAGCAAGAACACAGUAGCACAUUUCUGUUUCUAGCUUUUGUAGUUGUGUUUUCUUGACAACACUGGACACGUUACUUUUUUUAAUCUUCCUGUGCAAGAAGCAGCAGAGACAACAGUAGGGAUAGAGAUUGUAGGAGUCAAUGCCUGAAUGUUAAAGCUGUUACAAGUAAUAACCGAGUAGUUUAUUGAUACAUGAUUUUAUGAAGGCCUUUUUUUCUCAUUGUUAGUGUUGCACAUAUUUUUUUCCCAGGUUUUGUAACUCGUAACUAACCACAGGCUUUUAGCCGUAUUCAUCACUUAUGCAGGUACUACACUGGUUCCUCACGUGUCCAUUUGAUACUGCUUUACUUUAUUUAGCAUUUAUAAGCAGUAUAUAAAGAGUUAAUAGUUGUAAGCAGCUUUGAGGACAUCUGUGUUUAUUAAAAUAUUUGUGAAGCAUUAUAACCUCCCAUGAAGCAUUCAUAACUUGUGAAUGAACAGGUAAUCACUACUUAACCACAUUUUAAGUGUUUAUAUAUUGCUUAUAAAUGGGAAAUGGAGGGUCAAAAUAAAGUGAUACCAUCCAUCCUUCGACUAACUGUAUAUAGUUUCUACCUAGAGUACAGUUUCUUGUACAUUUUACCACAGCUAGGUCUGUAGAUACAGUUUGUGAUACUCGUCUAUUAACAGGAUUCCUCUGUAUGUUGUAAAUAACAGGUUAUUGACUGUCUUGUUCAUUUUCUAAUGCCUUUUACACUGAUUGAACUGAAGGUCUUUAAUUGUGUUUCUUCAGUGUCAUAGAACUUAUUUAUUGAGCAGUCGAUGCCUGUGUUUAAAUGCUGAGCUUAACCCAACUGUACUCAAAUUGUUAUUUAUCAGCGCUGGACAUUUUUAUACAUUUGGAAGUUCAGUUAAUUCAAAUUCAUAGUGAGGAAGAACUUGUUAGAAUUAAAAGGGGAUAUAGUGAGUCAGUGGUUUCCUAUUUUAACUGGGUUGUAUUUUUUUUUUUUUUCACAGUCAAAAUUUGGAUUUGAGUCUUUAUUUCCAUUUUUUGAAAUGAUCACUUUGAACAUUGCUACGGAUUCCAAAUGUCACCUCCAUGUGCUUAAUAAAUAAACUUUGGCCAAAC